AUGGUUCUUUUUAACGACGUCCUAAACAGUGCCAAAUACAACCCAAAGAUUAGGCCACUGGUGAACCAAACAGCGACCCUUGAUGUUAGUGUAAUGUUUGAGCUGAUGUCGGUGGUUGAGCUGGAUGACGUCAAGCAGAGCUUUACAUGUAACGGUUUUCUGGGAUUUGGCUGGGUAGAUGAGAUGCUUAAAUGGGACAAGGACCAAUACGGAGGACAGGGCGUGAUACAUCCGGUCCCAGAGGACAUCUGGAGACCACGUGUGGUCAUCAUGAACACGUUAGGCGACCGGGACCCGUUUGGUGACGACGUUGCCCCCGUGUUUAUAUACAACGAUGGAUCAGCAGCCUGGGCACCAGGGACACUGUUGACCACUUCCUGUAAACUGGACCUGACGGACUACCCGUUUGACCAGCAGAGCUGCACUGUCCAGGGUCGAAGAAUUCUUGCUAUGACGCUCUCGAUAGAAGAAAUGAAGUUCGUGGCCUCGCAAAACAAAGUUGCCCUGAACUUUUUCACGAUCAAUGGUGAAUGGGAGUACGUGGAUUCAAACGUGACGACAUCACCGAUUGGCACAGGGACUUGGACCAUGUCUUCCAUUGAUAUUACGAUUGUUAUUAAGAGGAGACCCACGUUUCUCCUCAUCAACAUUAUCCUCCCUGUUGUGUUUCUCUCUUUCCUCAAUCUGCUCGUCUUUUUCAUCCCAGUGGAGUCGGGUGAGAAAAUUGGCUACGGAAUCACAGUACUUCUGGCACUGUCUGUCUACAUGAGCAUGGUCAGCUCUAUGCUGCCCAGCUCCUCACUGACCACACCAAAGCUGACCCUCUACCUCUUCAUCCUCCUCAUCAUCUCUAUGCUCACCGUUAUCGACAGCAUCAUCAUCGUCUUUCUCCACAAUUUGGAGGAGAGAGAAGUCACUAAUCUCAAUGCUAAAAAUUUUAGAUCAGCUAACAGCAAGGACAAAAGCAGUCGAAGGGCCGUUACUCCAGUACCAAAAACGAAAAGGAACAUAAUCCACGUAAUACCGCAAGGGAAGCAAUCACUUGCUAAGGUCUCCGAAAUGACGUCAUUCAGCGAUGACGCGCUGCCCCCAGCCAAUCAAAGCGAACAAUGGGAGACACCACGCAGAAACAAGUACAAGACGAUAGGCAAACACAUAGACGCCAUCUCGUUCGUUGUGUUUUUUAUACUUUGGAUCUCUGUGUCUCUGGGCUUUCUGCUCGAUAUCUUUUUCUAG